AGGCUGUGGAUUGGGGCCCAGACAGCCCUGCGCACUCCAGAGUCCAGCUCCUGGCUACAGUCUGGUUGUAAGCUGGCUCCCAGCUCUAGCCUGGAGCUUAGCCUCUAGAAGCUCAUCCCGGAAGGAAGACUGCCCUGACUCAUCACAUACAGACCCACUGGAAACCAGCCACCCGCAGGAGAGUUGGUUUGGCUGCUGUGGCUCUCCCACAGCUGCUCCUGCUUUACAAUCCGCGGUUCCGGCCUCGGCCUUUGAGACCCACUCCUUCGGCUCCAAGCAGGGGGACUCCUCGCAGCCUCGGAGACCUGCCUGAAGUGGGACACCCCCUGCCCCUGCCGCUGUCCUCGGUGACCUGCACUCUGCAGACUUGCAGGCUCCUCCCGCGAGCGAUCCUGUGUCUCCGCACCACUAAUUGAUCCUCCGUCACCCCCAGCGCCACGCGUGGUACAGUCCCGCGGCGCCAGCUCCGGGCACAGGUUAUAAAGGCUCGGCUGCCGCGGCGGACUGCAGACUCAAGAUGCGCCCGAAAGAGCAGGUGCAGACCUUUGCUGGCGACGGGCCAGGGUCCGGACCCGGGCUCGGGGACCCAGCAGCAGCCACCCCCGCGAUCCCGCCUGCAGCCGGUCCUGCUCCAGAGCCCUCGGCGGAGCCCGAACCCGCUCCCGCUCAGGGACCCGGGGCCGGACAGCGAGCAGGAUUCCGACCACCGUCCGCAUCCCAGGCCGGAGCUCGCCAGGGUUCCCAGGCUGGAGCCAAGACAGGAGCCCAGCGCCGCUCGGACGCUCCAUGGACCCGCUUCGUAUUCCAGGGGCCUUUUGGUCCGCGGGCCACUGGCCUGGGAACUGGAAAGGCGGAGGGAAUCUGGAAGACGCCAGCCGCCUACAUCGGACGGAGGCCCGGGGUGUCCGGUCCUGAGCGUGCGGCGUUUAUUCGAGAGCUGCAGGAAGCACUGUGUCCUAACCCACCUCCGACGAAGAAGAUCACUGAUGAUGAUAUCAAAGUGAUGCUGUAUUUGCUGGAAGAGAAAGAACGGGACCUGAAUACAGCGGCUCGCAUUGGCCAGUCCCUGGUGAAACAGAACAGCGUUUUGAUGGAAGAGAAUAGCAAACUGGAAACCAUGCUGGGUUCAGCCAGGGAAGAGAUUUUACACCUCCGAAAGCAGGUGAACCUGCGAGAUGACCUCCUUCAGCUCUAUUCAGACUCUGAUGAGGAAGAUGAAGAUGAAGAGGAAGAUGAAGAGGACGAAGAGGAGGAUGAAGAGGACGAAGAGGAGGAUCAUGAAGGACAGCGAGAUCAAGAUCGCCAGCAUGACCACCCCUAUGGUGCCCCUAAACCGCCCCCUAAGGAGGAGUCACUGCACCACUGCCCACAGCUGGAAGCCCUGCAGCAGAAGCUGAGACUGCUGGAGAAGGAGAAUGACCAGCUGAAGGAGGAGGCCUCUCACCUGGACACCUUGGAGGACGAGGAGCAGAUGCUCAUUCUGGAAUGUGUGGAGCAGUUUUCUGAGGCCAGUCAGCAGAUGGCGGAACUGUCGGAGGUGCUGGUACUGAGGCUGGAGGGCUAUGAGCGACAGCAGAAGGAGAUCACCCAGCUGCAGGCCCAGAUCACCAAGCUGCAGCAGCGCUGCCAGUCGUACGGGGCUGAGACGGAGAGGCUGCAGCAGCAGCUGGCCUUGGAGAAGGGAAUCCGUGCAGAGCAGAACCUGCGAGUGGGCUCUCACAUGCAGGGCCCUCGGGAAAAAUACACAGACCUUGGGAUCAGGCGCCAGGAGGAGGCUGCGAAGCGCCAGCACUCCUCCAUGCCUGCUGGUUCCGUCGCCCACUAUGGAUACAGUGUGCCUCUGGAUGCACUUCCAAGCUUCCCGGAGGCCCUGGCUCAAGAACUCAGAACAUCCUUAAGGAGGGUCGUCGCAGACCCUGCGUAUCUCAUGGAGAAGACUCCUCGUGGGAUGCCUGUUGGGGAGACAUCAAACCCUGGAUGCGACCUUCACCACAGGGAGAAGAAGGAGCAGCAGCAGGCAUCAGUACCACCCAAAGAUCCCAUGCCACCUGAAGAUUUUGAGGCUCCUGAAGAGCUGGUGCCUGAGGAGGAGCUGGGGGCCAUAGAAGAGGUGGGGACGGCUGAGGAAGAAGCAGAACAGGCUUCUGAGGAGACUGAGGCCUGGGAGGAGGUGGAACCGGAGCUAGAUGAGGCCACAAAGAUGAGUGUAGUGGUCUCUGCCCUGGAGGCCAGUGGCCUGGGCCCUUCACACCUGGACAUGAAGUACGUCCUCCAGCAACUGGCCAGCUGGCAGGAUGCCCAUUCCAAACAGCAGCUGAAGCAGAAGAUACUCCAGAAAGGUUCGCCAGCCCUGCAGCAGAUGCAGGCCAAAGCAAAUUUGGGGAGUGGGACCACAGAGCAGCAGCCAGGGACGCUGACCCAGGAGGACAAGGCCAGCCACCCUCCCAGGGCCAGGGAGGAAGAGGGGCCUUCUGGGGCCACUUAGGCCACUGGGACAAAGGCCUCUUCCAGCAAGGGCCAAAGUCAGAUAAAUCCCCUGGGCUUUGCUGUUUCCCAACAGCCUGCAGAGACCCCACAGACAGCUUGAGACCCUUCCUUCUGCUGCCUGGCCAAGUCUCACCCAUCCCAGACCCUCCUUCCAUUUCUCUAAACAGGACCCCAUGUCUGUCCUCAGUUCUCCUUCUGUCCUGAUGAACCUGGGCUGGAGCCUGAGGGGACCAAGCUUCCACCCUCUUUGGGGACAGGCUGAAGGAACCCCAGGUCCUCAUUCUGCAACUGCUACCAAAGCUGGAUCACAUGGUGGCCCUGGGAGCAGAAGCAGCCUGGGGCGGACUGGCUGGCUACCAGACCCAGCUCUGAGAUGGGUACAAGUGGGCAGGGCAGAGAUCCAGGUCCCUAGGGUGGGCAGUUAUUGGAAGGACCUUUUCUGUACCCCUUGCCCCCCCCCAAAUAAAGGGACCCCCCCGAGUCUCAGUUGACUUCUAGGAACCUGGCCUCUGUGCCGUUCCUCAUCCUUCCUUCUCAGUCCCUAUUACUGUGUGUAACACAAAAGUGUGUCUGGGGGGGGUCCCCUCUGCCCUGUGGUGUCUCAGCCCCCUCCACCUGUGCCCUGUGAGUUUCCCCCUUCUUGAUGUUUGCCCCUCCCCAUAUCUUUGCCCCUAAGCUAUGGUCCAGGAGACACUGGGGAUCCCCUCAGUAUCUGCCCCACUCCCACAGAGCUUCUCAGUCUUGUAGCUUGUCAGCCUGUGUAUUGAUGUUUGUGCCAAUGUAGGAAAUAAAGGACUUGUGCUCUACCUG